AUGGAAGGUUUGGCAUAUCGUUGUAACAUCGAUGCCGAACCUCUGCAUCGGUACAAACCAGGCGGAUACCAUCCUCUUACAUUAGGCGAGGUUCUUAAUAACGGGCGAUACAAAAUCAUCCAUAAGCUGGGAUGGGGAGGCUACUCUACCACAUGGGCGGCAAAAGACCAACAGACCGGCCGUUAUGUUGCGGUAAAGAUAGCUAUUUCAGAGGCUGAAAAGACUAAUGAGUACAUGAUCUUGAAAGCAAUAUCCGCUCUACCUAAACACCACGCUGGUUUCUCUCAUGUGAACCAGUUGCUGGAUAGUUUUACUCUUGUUGGCCCCAAUGGCUCACAUAAUUGCCUGGUCCUUGAAAUCGUGGGACCUAGCGCCGCAGAUAUCGUUGACGGAUACUGCAAAGAUGAUAGACUUUCUUCUAAGCUUGCGAGAGUGUUCUCUAAGCAAGCCUUGCAAGGUCUAGACUUUCUCGUCCAGAACAAUAUUGGACAUGGAGAUCUACACACCCGUAACCUCGCUCUUCAAGUACCUGGCCUGGAGUCUCUAGCAGAAUAA